AUGACUUCCCCAAACAAGUUUAUCUUAGCUAUGUUUCUCAUUUUCACAACAUGGAUUCUCCCACAUGUAAUAUCUACUAGGGUCCUUCAACCUUUGUCAUCAAAUACACAUGAGAAAUGGAUGGCACAAUUUGGAAAAUCUUACAAAGAUGAUGAAGAGAAGGAAAAGCGUUCUCAAAUAUUCAAGAACAAUGUAGAGUUCAUUGAAUAUUUUAAUGCUGCUGGGGACAAACCUUUCAACCUUAGUAUCAACCAUUUUGCAGACCUAACUAAUGAAGAGUUUAAGGCUUCACUUAAGGGUAAGAAGAAGUUACAUAAUGAGAAGGAAACGCCUUUUAGGUAUCAUAAUGUAACUUCUGUUCCUGAUAGCAUGGAUUGGAGAAAAAGAGGUGUUGUUACUCCAAUCAAAGAUCAAGGCACUUGUGGUAGUUGUUGGGCAUUUUCGGCUGUGGGUGCAAUGGAGAGUAUCCACCAAAUAACAACAGGUGAGUUAGUGUCACUAUCAGAGCAAGAGCUAGUAGAUUGUGUUAAAAGUAACAACACAGCCGGGUGCAGUGGUGGUUACAUGGAAGAUGCAUUUGAGUUCAUUGCGGAAAAAGGAGGAAUAGCAAGUGAAGCAUAUUACCCUUACAAAGAGACCGAUGAGAGUUGUAAGGUUAAGAAAGAAAAACAUGCAGCUGAGAUUAAAGGAUAUGAGAAGGUUCCAUCGAAGAGCGAAAAGGAACUUCUUAAAGCGGUUGCGAAUCAACCGGUGUCUGUUUAUGUUGAUUCAGGUGGUUCCACUUUUCAAUUUUAUUCUGGUGGAAUUUUUACAGGAAAAUGUCGAACUCGUUUGGAUCAUGCUGUUGUUGUGGUUGGUUAUGGUGUUUCACAUGAUGGUACUAAAUAUUGGUUGGUGAAAAAUUCAUGGGGCACUGAAUGGGGUGAGAAAGGGUACAUGAGGUUGAAGCGUGACAUAGGUUCUAAGAAAGGUUUAUGUGGAAUUGCUAUAAGUCCUUGUUAUCCGGUUGCUUAA